AUGAGCUCAAACUGGAACCGGUACACCGUCGCUGGCUUAGAUCUCGCGUCCACCGCGACGUCCUUCGGGUUCUCCGCUGCCAAAGCUGGUACGAAGCUGGGUUUCGCUAUAACACGUGGCAUAGCCUCCACAGCUGCGGGCAUUACUGGCACCGCUCUCGACCACGCUCUAUUCGGCGGGAGUAUUGGUGCUGGACCUCUCCUCGGCGGCGCUGUAUCGUCCGCGAUUUCUUCUAUCGAAACCCUCGCGCUCGCGCCCAUUCUCAUUGGCGAGUCUCUGACCUCUACCUCCCUUGUCGCUGCCCAGUCUACCUUGUCUGUCCUUGACACUAUUUUUCCCGGGAGCGACGAGGCGAGCUUCUCUCUGGCUAGUUUUGUAGGUCUCGUUCGCAGAGAAUGGGCAGAGCCAGCAGAUUUCGAUGGCCUGCCCGAAGAACGUUUCGGUCUUGCGGAAACAAUGGGGGCUCUCGCGGCCUGGGCGACACUCCAAGGCGUUACGAAUGAGUGGCAUGAGCGACAGUGGUUCAAAAACAUGACCGAAAUCCCUGUUAAUGACGAGUCGAUGCGUGAGCGAGAGGCCAACGCAGCGCGGCACGGAGACGCGCGCGUGCACAUCACGACGGAUGUAGUCUACCCGAGCAAUAGCGGACAAAUCGUAACUGCCGAUAUCGGAGAAGCUCCAUCUUCCCCGCCUCUUGCCACACCCAGCACCUCGCAGUCGUUGGCCUCCUCCUAUUUAUCCGGUGUCCACCCAUUUUUGUCAAAUUCAGAGCUCAAGCAGACGCUCCGACGCCUUUCAAAGAUCGUGCUCGCAGGCUACGGCGGACCAAGCCUGCUCUUCUUCGGCGUGUCCCCACUCCUGCCGAGGUCGUCCUCCUCUGUUGAGAAGGAAAAGAUCAAAGAAGAGGACAAGCUCACGCAGGCGGUGGGGGCGUCCGAAGCACAGGCUUCUACUUCCACGCCAGUGUCGCCCUCCAAUGACGACGCGAUCGCACAAUAUCCAUGGUGGGACGUCCUCAUGGGACGACACGACCGCGAGAUCUUCCUGCAUUACGCCAACUCAGAGCCUCCGACGCCGGCUCCUGAGCCAGAUCUUAGUCAACACCAGCCAACGCCUCGCCCGGCUACCGCUCUCGUCGGUAUCGAGAACCACAUGCCCCGCUUCUGGGUGCUUACGGACCACGUACGAUGCGAGGUUGUGCUGGUCAUCCGGGGAACGAUGAGUCUGAACGAACUAGCAGUAGACCUGACCUGCGAACCGGCGCCCUUUGAGCUCGAGAGCGAGCGACACCGCUCACGAUCGCGGUCUCGCCCUCGGACGGCCGAUGACAACCUGCAUGGACGGAAACAGUCGAAUGAGGAGAUGGAGAGUAUACCUGGUUCGUUCCCCAUGGACAUAUCUAUCCCUUCACCGCCACAGCGAAAACGCCCGCUUCCACAAGAAGACGACCCGGUGAAUGAGACCGAAGCGCAACAUCUGGUGCACGGUGGCAUGCUCAAGAUGGCUCGAGCUAUGGGCGGGCGAAGGAAGCCCGUGCACGUCGCUGUGCGGGAUGCUCUGCAGCGCAAUCGUGGAUACUCACUCGUUCUCUGCGGACACAGUCUCGGGGCAGGCGUCGCCGCGCUGCUCGCGCUUAUGUGGGCAAAUCCACACACUCGGCUUACCCAUAGACGAUCAGGGCUACCGCGCCAUCGAACAGUCUCCGCAUACUGCUUCGCGCCGCCGUGCCUAACGUCCGCACGCCUUGCAGAGCUUGCGGGUGAGGCUGGGCUCAUAACAUCCUUCGCCUACUCACACGACGUGGUGUCACGGUUGUCUCUGGGGAGCGUCAGGGACAUGAAACGCGCGGCGAUGUGGCUGUGCGUGCAGGAGGGGAAGGAGGGGCUGAAGGAGGGGGAGGAGAAGCGGGAGGAAGGGUACGCAGGCGUUACGCGUCGCGCGCUCAAGUGGGUUGCGGGGUACGGCGAGGAUGGCGACGAGGAGUGGUUCCUAGCCAUGCGCAAAACACUUGAGGCGAAUAUGCAUAUGACACAGCUCUACCCGCCCGGGCGCGUGUUCUGGGCGUUGCGAGAUGGCGAUUUGCACCCUAUGCAUCGUCUCCGCUCGGAGAACGGCUCUGGCAGCGGGAGCGAGAAGGUGCGCCUUUUCUCGGUGCAUCCAGGCAAAGCGCAGGAGGUGUUCAGGCAGAUCGUAUUCGCACGGGACAUGCUCAGUUCGCACCUGCCGCAGGAGUAUGAUCGGGUGUUGCAUGAAUUGCUCUGA